UAAGUCGCUAUACAUUAUCUGAAAGAAGCAGUCCACUAAUCUAAAACGAAAAUGAAGUUAAUUUUUCUCGUAUGCGUUAUCUAUGCCCUGUCUGACCUUUCACUGGCUCUAAAGGAUCCGAUCUGUGGUCAAGAGCCGGGCAAGCAGGGAAAAGGUGCAGUGAUAUGCUUGGCAUAUAUUCCGAAAUUUACCUAUUAUCCCGAUAAGAACGUUUGCGUAAAAUGGAUAUACGGAGGAUGUGGUCAGAACGAUAAUAUUUUCGAAAAGAAAGAGGAAUGCGAGUCUAAGUGCAAAGAAUAGUCUAUUGUUUAAUAAUGUGAGUGAAUAAUAAUUUUUACGAAAAAAUUGGUCAGCAAUAAAGGGAUAUUCAAUUGAAAA